AUGGUCGUUGCUGCCCGCGGAGAGUCAGUGUGGGCGGUUCCGCGGCCGGCGGCGGCGUUUCUAGCUGAGCUGCGCCAAUUCCAGCAGCAAUGUGACCGCGUCAUCGACGACCUAUACGGUCGGAGAAGCUUCGCCAGGCUUCAAAAGCAAGUCGAACGCGACAUACAGACAGUGGAUGUGUUGGCUGGGAGAGGAUAUGCUCGGCGAGCGCGUUCCGUGGUUGCCGAUGCCGGCCACCGCGUCCCCGAACGGGCUUCUGACUACUCAUCGCAUUUCGUCGGCGUUGUCCGCAGCACCGCCUCCUCGCAGCAUGCAAUUAGCUACAGCAGCGCAUUUCGCAUGCUUGUGUUCACCAAGGCUGUGCGCAUAUGCAGGCAAGAGUUCACUAACAUCGCUACCGUGGACCUGCUGCUGCUGGCGUAUGACGUCUAUACGGAAUUGUACUUGUCUUUGAUUGAUGCGCUGAUUCACUUGGGAAACUGGGAGAAGGCUACUGAUGUUUUGAUGCAGCUUGGAGUUGUUUUGUACUUCAUCCGCAAAGAUUUGUACAAAAAUAAACGGUCAAUUGCUAAGGCGCCCGUGAACUCCAGGUCCGAGCUUAAACUCCAACUGAUCAAGAGCAUUCUGGCCAAGCGGUGCAUUCGUUUGGAAGCUCCGCUAGUUUACGCUGACAACAGCACGGUAGUACAGCAUGUCUUUGACUGCUUUAUGCUGGUGCUCCCUCUGGAGAUUUGGUCGAGGACGGUUUACUUGUGGCUGCGUGAUGCGUCCCUGUACAGCGUCUUAGAAACUCUUCAGGCACUGCCGAUGCCUCAAAGAUCGGCCUUCUAUCGCAGAGUGAGGCGCUGUAUUACCCACUGCAGAGAUGACGUGAACAGCCCCAACCGUUAUUUUGACUUCGGCUGUUCUUCCUGUAGAUCCACCGUUUGGAUGGGGGUGAAGGCGCGUCAAAACAGUCGUGAAUUCGGCAAGCAAUUCCCUGGUAAGAGAUGCGGCUUUCCCUACAAUGUCGUCCUUGGUUACGUCUUGUCCGCCUCAAACAGCAACCGUCGUUAUGCACUGGAGGGGUUCAUCAUGGUGGCCAAGAUUUCUAUGGGCAUUGAUCGGAGCCUGUAUGCAUCGCUCUGCUUCACCGUGUCUACGGUAUUGCGCAUUCUCUCGUCGAAGAUACGCAUCUUAGAUGAAGCAUCUCCAAAAAGCAGUCUAGACCAGGGCACUGGCGAACGCAAUGACGUGGGCACAGACACGAUGCAUUCCGUGGACCACAUGUCGUCGCUACUGCAUUACGUCGGCAUGAAGCAGUGGGGGAAUCAGAAGUGCUUGUGCGUGAUGUCAUCCGCCGAUAAUAUCUGGGUGAAGCGCAGUGGAAUGCGUUCGAUAUCAGUGAGCCUGACCCCUUUGCCCUCAUUUUUGGGUCCGUCUAGGUACAUCGGGCACAGUUGGAUCGACUUGGACUACAUGGUAAUGCUGGAUGUUGACAGUAUGAUACCGUGCGACGCUGCCGGAUUGGAUGGGAUACGUUUUGUCCAGUCUCACCGAGUGGAUCGACACUUUUUCCCAUUAGGCGAAAUAAAGAUCCCAAGUAGCGAUAAUGGUUCAACCGAAUCGUCUUCUGGUGCUGGUUGCACAAGCUCAAUUUGCCUCGAGAACUUGAAGGUGCGAAACAAUACGGUUGAUAUCCAAAUGGACUUCACUCCGCUAUGCCAAAACCUAUUUUACUCCACCAGGCGACACAAACGCCACGUGUCGUUACGUGGCACCAAAUAUGCCUUUUCCGUCAUUUCCAAGGCUCCUGAUCACGCGCCUCAGCCGUUGGUGCAUGGCUUCGACCACAAGGUUGUUCUCGCCUUGUUGGCAUUUUGCGUUUCGUUAGACCGCGAGUACACCGUCCUCCACUUCCGGCAGGCGCUGGAAUACCUGAACUACAGGGACACUCUGCGCAAGAAGCGAAAAGCGUUCCUACGCAAGCUCAUGACCUGGGUGCCGACGCCGAACAGCCAGGAAGCUCGCCAUAUGAUGAAAUUCCAGAAGCGGAUUCGCACGUCAUUUCGCCACAGGUCGUGGCUAUCGUACAUGACGGCCGCUGGUGACAACGGCGGUCAGGCUCACGAUGCCGAUCGAGUUGACUGGCGAGCUACCUGCUCGCUAACCAAGGGUAGUGACGCUGUGAACAUGAAGGAGUACAUGUCGAUGGAGAGCGUCGAACUGCAGAGGCAUGCUAACGGAGUCAAUUGUCUCAAAGAUCCUGCGUUCACGAAGCAUCGGCUCAUGGAUGUCGUUGAGAAGUCUUUCUACGCUCUGUCGCAGGCUGGAAACUACCUGUACAAACGAUGUCAAGGAUAUCAGCCGUUCUGCAAACGGGGCGCGCUGCGAGGCAACCACUACCGGCUCUCCAAUAAGUACCCAUUCGUGGCAAUUGAGGAGGCUGACAGUGGAGCAUCGAAGUAUGCACGUCCACGCAUGCCACCGUGUGAGCACACGGCAAUGACCAUGUCUAUGGGUGAGUGCACGCAGUGUUCCACCUCACGCUCGUUCCGACAACUCGAUCGGAUGGUUUUGUUGGUCGAGUGGAUAUCGCAUUUAGUUUUCACGGGUUGUAUCCGCCCCGGCAAGGUCUACCCCAAAUCCUUGCCAAUUGGGAUGCCGGUUAAUGGUUACCCCGCAACCCAAACUGCCGCCACAAAUGGUGCUAACAGAGUUGCGGCGAAAUUGGUUGGGAAAGGAAAAGUGCCGCGCGUGGAUGGCCGUAGCUACAGGAUUAUGGAGUAUGUCAUCGAUGCGUACGUUCCCGACAGGUCAUCUGGAUCUGCUAUGGCCAAUUUGUCCGACGGUUUGGCACUGCUCAAUGAAGUGGUUGAAUCAUGUAUGCUAACUUCGUUGGCUACAUUUUUCCACGAGCCUUAUUACAAGGGUUUGGUGUUGGAUUUGGCCAUGGUGCAGUUACUGCAGGGCCGUUGGUCUUUGUGCCUUGCUUUGCUAAAGCAACUGCAGGGUACUCCCGGCAACUACAGCACCCCGUUCGGUGCUGAGACAAUCUCAGUGGCUACUGACGUUUUCCGUCUGACGAAGGUUGAAAAGGGAUUCAUUUCACGCCUGACCGGCAAGAUCUUGACCGAGUUGAUCGUCGAGCCCCAGUUAAGCAUUGAACUCCUUUCGAAGGAAUGCAAACCGGUAGAAAGGCGCUUUAAUAGUGGCACCGUUCAAGGUGCCACACAUGGUGAGGAGCAUCCUGGGAUAGCGGGGAGCUCACACCAUGGCAAGUCCAAUAUGCACGAAUCAGCCAAAUCGCUAAUGCUACUGGGAGUGUCGUACCUGACGCUUGGCUUCGUUCAGGUUGAUCCAUUGUCUGCCUCAAUAUCGGACACUAGUGGCAGCUGGGUGCACAUCGACCAUCCCGAGUUGGAUAGCUUGCGGUUCGUUGAAUGCGACGGCCCCAAUUCGGAUGCCGUCUGCGGAGAACACAACCCGCAUACUUCAGAUGCUGCGGCUGCAGAUGAUCCAGACAUCCCGACAGGCCGAUUGGCCGUAGCAUCGGAGUACAUUCUGAAAGCGCUGUCGAUUGACCCGAGGUGCUACAAGGCGUGGCUCUACUUGGCCCAUUGCGGAGUGCUUGCGCACGAGUACGAGUUCGCAUACAGGUGUUGCCAGCGUAGCAUCGACUGUUACGAUGCGUGUGUGGCUGCUUGGCUGACGAUGGCAGUUGCGAUUAGCUCCCGCAGCCGUUGCUGCUCUCCCAUCAAGGUUUCGCAUGGUGUCUGGCCGGAGUAUUUGGUCGAACAGAAAGGGUUUACCAAGAGACUCCACAAUGGUAAGGUAUCUAAGAUAAGCAUCCCCUCCUUUGUGGUCCCGUAUGACCCAGUCUUCCCUAGCCGUGCCGAGACCACGGACGAUCUGGCUCGGCACAUGAGCCAAGCUGUGGGAGGCGACACUGCGGAGUGUUUGGACAUUCUAAUCGCAGCUACACGUUUCGGAAGCGUUUUUGCUUAUGCCGGUGUGCUUCAGCUAUUGUCUAGGACCGUGGAGAUGCCCAUUGACACCUUCCCCUGGGAGACUUCUCGUGUUCUGGCAAGCUCUUCGCGCGUGGUUUUGACGCAAAUCUAUUUGGUCCUGCAUGCUAGCAUAGAAUGCGCAUCGCAAUCGAAUCUUGGCAAGAUCCCCGACGAAUGGUUGUAUCCCGACCUCCGUAAGAUGCACUCGCAGAUUCGUGCGUUGGUAUCUCGUGCGGUUUCUACUAAGCUGCACGUUUCCUCCCUUCCUUUUAUCCGUGCAAUGUGCCUGAUGUAUUCGUUGGAUGUCGUUGACGAUUCGCGUGCUGCGGUGUUUUCGCAGGGCAAAGUGUCGUUUGACGUCAGCGUGAGCGACCCGGCAUGUUUCGAGGAUGAGGUGUAUGGCUGGAUAACGUGUUUGGAGGUGUUGACGCAAAGCGGCCACGCUGCUACGGCGGAACUGCUAUUCCCUCUGCUUGAGUCCUUCCUGGAUGUUAACUCCCCUCGUUGCCUCGAGUCUGAGUAUGCCGCUCCAUCUUGCGACAAGUUGCCUGUAGGACCUUAUGCAGAGGAGUCCCGAUGGGGUGCCGUGAGGAGCCAUUUCAACGGUCGCGCGUUCACUUACGCUGACAUACGCGCCGAAACGGUGUUCCUACGCCUCUACAUGCGGUGCUACACUGUUGUUGACAGUGAGCUUGACGAGCUGCUCUCUGACGUCCAGGAGGCCCUCACGCAGUGCGCCAGUCGCAAACUACGCCUGUUGGAAGCACGGAUCUUGGCGGGAUUGCGUCGUUACGAAGAGGCAGCUCGUGUGUAUGCUGCUGAGCUACGCCGUGGGUUCACCGGGUCGGUGUCUACUGACUACAUGCUGGAGUACCAGGCUAUGAAGGUGUACGCUAAAGUGCUCACUGCGCUUGGAGAGGUAUCGCAAUCCGCUGCGGUCAUUUGUGGCCUUCUUGGCUUUCUUUUCAUCGCACGUGUGUCUCCACAACUCCAGGGCCGUUUCAAGAUGUUUUCUAUGUUCUUCGGGCAGCCGUGCUCCCUGGAGGUGGAGAUAGACUCGAAUCCCAGCCGUCCCUUGGUGUUCGUGGACCCGCAGCAGAAGACGGACAAAUGCCCUGUCUUCUCGGAUGGCGAGGAGAUCAGCGGCACUGCCGUGAUCAGCCUAAAUCCCGGGAAGCAGUUCGACCACCAGGGCAUCAAGGUCGAGCUUGUCGGUCAGAGCGACACCCUGUACAACAAAACGGGGACGUAUGAUUUCUUCACGAUGUCACGUGACAUUGAAGCCUCAGGCACCGUAAUCGAGAGUAAGAGCUACAGGUGGAAGUUCCCGUUGGUGGGAAUUGAGAACGAGACCUACUGGGGUGUGAACAUCCGCAUGUACUACUUCGUGCGCAUCACCGUUGUUAAGCCGUACGGCGGCAACAUUUGCAAGGAUGCCAUGUUUGUCGUUCAGAACGUGGGGAUUCCCCCUCAGAUCAACAACACGAUAAAGAUGGAGGUCGGCAUUGAGGACGCGCUGCAUAUCGAGUUUGAGUACAACAAAUCGGCGUACCACAUGCGCGACGUCAUCCUCGGAAAGGUGUACUUUUUACUGGUGGCUCUUAGCAUCAAGUACAUGGAGGUUGCCAUUCAGCGUGUGGAGACCAUCACGCUAGGCCGUUCCGUUGUGAACGAGACGCAGACUGUCACUACUUUUGAGGUCAUGGACGGGUCUCCCGUGAAGGGGGAAUGCAUUCCCGUGCGCAUAUAUCUUACGGGGCUCGACCUGUGCCCCACCUACAAGAACGUGCAGAACAAGCUCACUGUCAAGCACUACAUCAACCUGUUGAUAGUGGACGAGGACGACCGGCGUUACUUCAAGAAGCAGGAGAUCGAGUUUUGGCGCGAUCGUCUGGGCUGA